GGUCAUUUUACAGUACAGUGACACGAAUUCUGCUGCUCAUCUCCGCUCAAACAUACAAUCAUGAAAUCGUUUCGCCCAGCCAUUAUGUCUGCCUCGCUCGGCCGCGCCUGGUUGCACAGUUUUGAAGAAAAGGCCCGUCAGGCUGCUGUACAUGGAUUCGAAGGAAUCGAGAUCUUCUAUGAGGAUCUGGAGUACUUGGCCAAGAGCCUCCAUGAUACCACGGAGCCAAGUGUGGAUCAGAUUCUCAGCGCCGCCUCGCACAUGCGAAAACUCCUUGAUGAGCUCAAUCUGGAAGUCAUUGGCCUGCAGCCAUUCUUGUUCUACGAAGGUCUCCUCGAUCGCGAACAACACGCUAGACUCAUUGAGAAGAUCAAAGUCUGGUUCAAAAUUGCAAAACUUCUCGGAACCAAUACGAUCCAGAUCCCGGCCAAUUUCCUACCCGCCGAACAGCUGACUGGCGACAUGGAUGUCAUCGUCAGUGACAUGAUCGAGCUCGCAGAUCUCGGCCUGCAAAAAGACCCCCCCAUUCGGUUUGCAUAUGAGAGCCUUUGCUGGAGCACGCAUAUCGACACCUGGGAAAAGUCGUGGGAGGUAGUCCAGAAGGUUGACCGGCCGAAUUUUGGGCUCUGUCUCGACACCUUCAACAUUGCCGGUCGCGUCUGGGCGGAUCCAGCUUCUCCGACGGGAAAGACGCCCAACGCGGACAGCGAAUUGAAAGAUUCUAUCGGUCGGCUAGUACGAGAUGUUGAUCUGAACAAGGUCUUUUACAUCCAAGUUGUGGAUGCCGAGCGGAUGGAGGCCCCGCUUGUCAAAGGCCACCCGUUCCACGUUGACGGAAAUCCGCCACGGAUGAACUGGUCCCGGAAUGCAAGGGCCUUUAUCUAUGAAACUGAUAGGGGUGCAUAUCUACCAGUCGAGGGUAUCGCAAGAGCAUUGAUUGAGGACAUGGGAUAUAAAGGCUUCGUGUCAAUGGAGUUGUUCUCGAGGACAAUGUCAGAGGAAGGGGAGCAUGUCCCAAAAGAGCAUGCUCGUAGAGGGAUUGAGGCGUGGAAGAAGUUUGUUAAGCAGUUGGACUUGAAGUGAAGAGAUAAAGAGGCAGAUCUAAGCAGGAACAUAAUUGACGAG